ACCUCCACUUCGCACUACCCCUCGCACUCCUACCCCGGCUCCUACUACUCCGGCGCCAACGGAUUCGGCGCGUUCGGCGGCAAGGGCGUGAUCCUCCCCGACGUGAUCGAGAUCGCGCCCGCACCGUCGAGAAGGGAAGAAGAAGACGCGGAGCGCGAGCGCCUGCGCGCCGCCGCGGCGGAAAGCAUCGGCAUGCCCGCCGCCGGCCUCGACGGCCUCAACCACUCGCUCACCUCCCACCCGCACCCGAACGGGAUGGACGCGAUGAGCUACGUGGGCAGCAUCGACGAAACCGACGAGGACUGGUACGACCACCGCCGGAUGCACCACAACGGCACCGGCGCGUUUGACUUUGAGGACGGCGACGACGACGACGCGCCCGCGCCGCGCCACCCGUACGCGGCGCCUACGCCGCCCAUGCCCUCUGCGCCCGUCCCGGUGUCCCUCGCGCCACCGGCGGCACCGGCGAACGGCCGCCUGCGCUCGGGCUCGCUCGCGCAGGCGCUCUCCCGCGCGCGCUCCUCCUCCCGCGCCGGCGCCUCCGCGCCCGUCCCGUCUCCGCUCACCGCAUCCACGCUCAGCGAUAGCGAUAAUCGCGGCGCAGGCGACGGAGGAGGGGGCGGGAUCCCGCCGUUCCCCGCUACGCCGGCGCAGCUCGCGCGCUUCUCGCAGCUGCAAGGGGCGUUCCCGAAGCACUGUCCGCCCGCGAGCGUGCUGAUGCCGUUUGGGAGGCAGUGGAAGAGAAGGUUCGUCGUUCUGUCGGCGCCGCUGCCGGCGGGAUCAGGAGGAGGAGGAGGUGGUGGUGGCGGGGGAGGGACGGGGAGGGGGUCGUCGAUGAAGAGUUAUUUGCACGUGUUCAAGGGCAUGGGGUCGGACGAGCGCGAGCUGGAGCGGCUCGCGGUGGACGAGGCGAGCGUCGUGUUCGUUGCCGGGGACGAGGUCGGGCGGAAGGGCGUGCUCAAGGUGGGCGGGCUCGACGCGACCGUCGCACCCGCGAACGGGAAUGGGUUGAAUGCAAGCACCAGCAGUAGUCAGGGGGGGAGGGGAGCAGGAGGCGGAGCAGGGAAGAAGGAUGCGGACCCGGAAGAUGAGGGACGCGCGAUGUGGUUAUUGCAGAUCGUGGACCAGACCGAGAGCCAACGUUGGAUCGACGCGAUCAAGAAUGCCGUCCUGUCGCAGCGGACCGUCCGCGCCGGCCUGGGUUACGCGUCGCACACAGCCCACACGUCGGGCCCGUCAGAGCCCAGAGGAGACAUGGACGUCCAAUUCACCAUGCGCAAAACCGGACUGCUACCCUCGUCGCUGGCGUCCGCCGCCCCUACGGGUACAGCGGCGUACGACCACCACACGGCCUCUUCCCGCGGCUCGUCCGCGACACCGCCGCACUCGGUCCGCAGCGCGCACUCGAACGCCGCCCUGCACGCAAACGCAAACGCGCCCGCCAGCCCCCCGCCGCUGCACUCGAACGUGAGCUCGAUCUCAAGCGCGGGCGGACGCCCGCUGAGCGCGCCGAGCGCCGUGCUCUCGCUCAAGGGCCUCUUCUCCGUGCGUCCGCGCUCGCCCUCCGUCGCUUCGCAUGUCGUCACCGUCGCGUCGGACCCCGACAACGACGCCGCGAGCUCCUUCGGCGUCGCGGGAGACCACAUCCGUGGCUUCCACCGAGGGGCCGGCUCGACGCUAUCCUCGCCUACCUCGCCUACUUUCUCUACGGCGAUGAACCCGGCCGGUUUCGCGGACGCGCCUGCGCCCGCGCCGGCCAUCGACCCGCAGGCGCUCGAGCUCAAGAUCGUGCAGCAUCACCGUUCGGCUGAGUGGACGCCGCGCUCAGCGGCAGAUGGGUUGAGGGAACGUGAGGCGUCGGACGGCAGCCUGAAUCGGAACCGCGCCGGUUCGCUGUCCCUGCUUCCGCCGCCGCGGCCGAACAGACGACCGUGGACAUCAGGGAGUGUACUGACAGCGCAGGAUCAAAGCGGCAGCGGCAGCGGAAGGUCGACGCCGCGGAACAUCCAUACCCGGGUGGAUGGCGAAGAUGGAGAGACCAAGGCGGACGGCGGGCACGGAGAGAACCAGAGCCCGCCGACGAGUGCACGCACGUCGCUCGAAUUCGCGCCUCGCAGCGCCGUCCCAUCGCACAGCCCCACGCCGCAAUCCUCGCCUCUGCCCGCAUCUACCCCACGCUCAAGCGAGGACGGCUCGCGCCUGUCGCCACCGAGCACGGGCCUCGCCGGCUUUUCCUUCUUUGGCACGCCAGAGCAGCGACCGCGGGCCCCGUCCGUCUCGUCCGUUUCCACCCUCGCGUCUGGCGAGCAACAGGGCACGAGCCGCGGCAGCCGCCGCUGGUCGCGCCACGCACUUCCGAAGAUGCUCACGCCUCCAGCGGGCCCGCUCCCGCCCGUGCCGAGUGCAGGCUCGAGCUCGGGCGGCGGCACGGAGCGCGGCGCAUACUCACCUUCAGCGCGCUCCCGCGCGUCGUCAGUUCAUUCGCCGGCGUCGCCAGCAAGCGGGAGCGCAUCGUCGCCGCCUCAGCGAAGCACGUCCUUCUCGAAGCGCGCGAGCGUGUCAGGAAGCUCGGUGCGCAGCGUCAACACGAUGAGCACGUCGCACUCACACGGCGCGCACUCCUGGAUUCAUUCCAACGGGAACGGGAGCGUGAACGGGCAUGAACCGGGCAGCAGCCCGCCUGCAGAUCGGCAAUUGAGCGGUCCGCCGACGACGCGCCUCAUGGGCCUCAAGCGCCUCUCCCUACCGCCUCCCUCACGCCCGCCCAAUUCUGCGCUGCCGCCGACUCCCGGACACCGUGGCAGCUACGAUGCCUCUCCCGCGCCCGUGCGCCCCUCCAGCUCCGGUUCCGGCAGCGCACCCCGCUCUCCGCCGAGGAGCAUUAUCCCGCCUUCGCGCGCGCACCGCGCGCUCAGGCUCUCGCUCCUCCCGCCGACGCUUCCCCCGAGCGCCGCGCUCCCUCCGCGACCCGACGAGCCGUCGACCACCGGGCGCGGCUUCCGGGGCCACCAUCGCCGUUCCUCGAGCGUGAGCAACGUGCCGACCCUGACGCCCAUCUCCGGCUCACCUGUCAUUCCCGCCCCGACGCACCCGAUGCCUAUCGGCAAGGUGACCGCGCCGGUCCUCUCUCGCGGGGCGUCCUUCAAGCAGCGCCUGCGGCUGCUCAGCAACCCGGGUUCGACAUCUUCGCCUACACCGUCCCUGCGCGACGUGCCCGCCCCGCCGCCGUUCGUGCCCGCUCCAGCCCCGGACCCACUCUCUUCGCGCUCGUCGUCACCGAUGCUCGCGCCAUCGACCCCCAUCGGCGAGCCGAUCAUGGUGCUCUGCAAAGAUUCCGACUUGCUGGCUGAUAACGAGUCGCGCUCCAUCGCGCUUACAGUCCCGGACAGCUCACCAACGAUGCCGGAAACCACGCCUCUAUCGCCACCUCCACGACGGGGAUCGAGACAGCUGGAGAUGCGCAUCGUGGAGCACGACCAGGAAGACGCUGCCGCUGAUCCUCCGCCCGAAAAGCCCGCCUAUCUCAGACUAUCUCACCAAGACUCAGCAUUCUUCGGAGCAAUCACUCAAGGUUCUUCACCACCGCUUUGAUCCCUUCCCCCUGCAUCUGGUCAUCUACGCGUCUCCCGUUUGGUUUCUGUUUCCUGGUCUAUGCAUCCUCACCUUAGGUAUUUCGGCAUAUCUGUUUCUACCUUUUCGAUGUACAUCUAUUUUUGGCUCUCUUGCAAGCGUACCGCGGAUUCAGGCAAUC